UCAGUUUUUCCGGUACUGUGCACGUGAAAACAGUUGACGUUGUGCGACAUCUGAGGAUGGAGUUGUAUUGAGGGUCUGUGUUUUGGGGUCCAACAUUGUGGGUUAAAGAGUUGCCAUGGCUCUAUCCUGUGCACAGCUAUGUCUGAGAUGCAGAAGUCUUCUUUGCUCCAAGACAGUGGUCGUUACCUGGCAGCAUUCCACUCAAGUUUGGCAUUGCGAUACAGUCAAAAUUCUAAAUGCAUCCUCAUUCAUCAGGGGGAAUUACACAACAAGUUGGGCAAGACAGAAGUGGAAACAUCAGAUGUUCUGUUACAGUGACAUAGCUACAAAACAUCUGGCAGCCGAUACUAAGCAAGACAAGUACAGAGAGCAGUUGUCAAAAACUGGUGUUGUGGCAUCCAAGAACACCCUGUUGCCCAUUAGAGAAGCUGUUCCAGUGACUGAAAGUCAGGUGUCAUUAGAUCUGGAUGCUGUUGCUGAAUUUUCAGCAUUAGAGGAGAUUAGUGAUAAAGAGGCAGUCAGUAUAUGUGUUCCUACAGCCAUGCCUCCAGCCUCCAUCUCUCUCAGAGACUACGUUGACAAGUCUGAGAUGCUGAGCAAGUUGGUACAGCUAGGUGUUAACCUGUGGAAGCUGGAACAAAGGCCUAAUGUGGGCUCCAUGUUACUGAGGCUCGACUUCAACACAGAUGUGGCCCCAAGGCUGCUGUUUCUUAAAGAGAUUGGGGUGGAGGACUCUCACUUUGGCUAUAUAAUUACGCACAACCCUUUUAUUCUCACUGAGAAUUUGGACAACCUGCAUGCCAGGGUGAACUAUCUCAAGUCAAAGAAGUUCAGUUCUGAGACUGUUGCGUCCAUGGUUUCCAGAGCUCCGUAUCUGCUUAACUUCAAUGUGAAGAGGUUGGACAACAGACUAGGUUUCUAUCAGAAGCAGCUCAGCAUCAGUGUUUCCCAUACUCGGAACAUUGUAGCCCGACUACCCAGACUUCUGUGUGGCAGUUUGGAGCCUGUUAAAGAAAAUCUGAAGGUAUGUGAAAUAGAGUUUGGCUUCAAGAAAAAUGAGAUCCAACACAUAGUUAUCGCCGUCCCUAAGGUGCUGACUGCUAAUAAAAGGAAGCUAACCCAAAUAUUUGACUUCAUUCACAACACCAUGAAGGUGCCACACCACCUGAUUGCCAAGUUCCCACAGGUCCUGAAUACCAAGUACUUGCGUGUCAGAGAGCGCCACCUAUUCCUUGAGUACCUUGGAAAGGCACAGUAUGACUCAACCCUGCCGAACUACAUCUCCCUGGACCGCCUGGUGUCCUUACCAGAUGAGACUUUUUGUACUCAGGUGGCUCUUGCCACAGUGGAAGAUUUUUAUUUGUUCCAAAAGACACUCUGAGUCUUCAUGAGGGGACAUUAAAAGGGCCUUCAGAAAACAAGUGGUCAUUUACACUGAAUACAUAUCAUCAAGUCAGAUACAUGCAGACAUGGAAGUCUUUAAAACAGUUAGAGCAUCACUUGAUUUUGAAAUAAAGGUGUUUUUUGUAAAUGUGAUAUAAAAUGGAGGUUAACAAUGGAUAUUUUCGGCCUGAAAUACUGUCUGUUGAUUUUUAAAGUGAGUAUCACCCCUGCGAAAUAGGCAUAAAAAAUUUGCCUUUCUUCAAAUGUUAAUUUACUUCUUUUUGAUUUUGUUUUGUUUAUGUUUCAUUUCCUGAACUAAAAAAAAAAAAAAAACUGAAGUCCAAAAGUUUAGACACCCUAUUAAGACUACUACUACUUAACCCUGUAAAGCCUGACACAUCAAAAAAUAGCCAGAGCAUUCUAAUUUUUUGGAACUGA